AUGGUUGCCUCUCUGAAGUCUUGGCCUCUUGUGAUUGCCAUGGCUCUUUGCAUCAUGUUCUGUCUGGGAACUUUUGUGGAAGCCUAUCCACCCAAGCCUGAGAGUCCUGGAGAAAAUGCUUCACCAGAAGAAAUGGCAAAAUACCUUGCUGACCUUCGGCAUUACAUUAACUUGGUGACAAGGCAAAGGUUUGGCAAGAGAUCUAUCCCAGGGACCUUGAUGUCAGAGCUUGUUUUUGGAGACAACAGUAAUAGCAGAUCAAGGUUUGAUGAUUCCUAUAUGUGGUGA